AACAUUAGUGGUCGGAAUGAUAUCGUGUAAAUUUACUAUCGUGUAUUACCAUGUUUAUUUUUAGUAUUGUGUGUGCCAUGUCGCAUCGAGGCGUAACUUUUGCUGCGUAAUUGCUCCGCUAUAAAAUUUCUGAAAAAUUGAGAAUCUCAUAUGAAUUUUGUCAUCUUGACAAUAAUUCUGUUGUGUGAUUUAGCCGUUGAAUAUUGUCUGGUCGAGCCAGAGGAUUUGUAACAUCAUAAGAUUUUUUUCGAAGACAUUCAAUCAGGAUCCAGCUAUGAGCAAGAUGCGCUCCAACAUCUUUCGCGAUAUCUAUUAUCAGCCCUAUGAUGAUUGUACAAGGUUAAAGCUUUAUUCUAGCAGCAAAGCUAGUUUACAGAUGAUACAGCGUAUGUCAUUGCUGAAAAGACUAAAAGUCCACAAUGGUUGUGUAAAUUCUAUUUGCUGGAAUGGUAGUGGAGAAUUGAUACUAUCUGGGAGUGAUGAUCAGCAUCUUGUUUUAACUAAUGCACAUAAAUAUGAGGUAUUAACAGCUUACAAAACCAGUCACAGAGCAAAUAUUUUUAGCGCGAAGUUUUUGCCUAAUAGUGGAGAUCAUUGUAUUGUUUCUUGUAGUGGAGAUGGUAUUAUUUUGUAUACAGAUCUGAUGAGAACAAAAGAAACAUUUCAUAAUCAAUUUACUUGUCAUACUGGUACUACUUAUGAGAUAGCGACAAUACCUGAUGAACCACAUAGUUUUCUAAGCUGUGGAGAGGAUGGGACAGUAAGAUGGUUUGAUCUCAGAGUGAAGGAUAAAUGUAGCACUGUAAGAUGUAGAGAGGAUGUGCUAAUCUCAUGUCAAAGAGCUGUGACUGCUUUGUCUGUGAAUCCUGUAAUGCCUCAUCAUAUAGCGAUUGGUUGUUCUGAUAGUACUGUAAGAAUAUUUGAUAGAAGAACUCUAAGUACAUCAGCUACCGAUUGGAAAGACGCGGAAAAAUUAGUGAGACCGCUUUGCAGCUUUACUGUCCCAGAAUUUGAAGGUAGUUCUUACAGAAUUACGUCGCUCAGUUAUAGCCCGGAUGGACAAGAUGUUCUUGUUAGCUAUAGCAGCGACCAUCUCUACUUAUUCAGUAUCAAAGAUCAAGGCAGCUUGCAAUUGCGAAAAGAUGGGACAAUGGGAAAAGGAAAAGGAAAAAAACAUCCAGUUAGGUCGUCUCAACCAGUUCGUCGCUUAAGACUUCGCGGUGAUUGGUCUGAUACCGGUCCUGAUGCGCGUCCAGAAAGAGAAGGAGGACGUCGCAGUGGUACAGAAAUCGCUCAGGCAAGACCAAUUUUGCAUACAUCUCUGAUGCAAAGAAUGACGGAUGUGCUUAGCAGGAUGUUGAAUGAUCCAGCCACUCGUGCUGCUUUGAGUGGUGGUGGUGAAGACAGUUUAGAAGAUGUUAUUGAACAACAAGAAGGUUUUCGAAAUAUUGAGAAUAAUCCCGAAUUAAAUGCGGAGAGAAGUAAUGAAUCAGUUGAAUCGAAUAUAGAGCAGAGUGAUCAUCUGAGAACAACUGAAAAUACAAGCUUGCACAGUAAUAGAAUCGAAAGUACAAAUACGAACUGCACGACUAAUACUGAGAAACUUCAAGCAAGAGAAAUUGAAGAACCACAAGGAUGUAACCAGUCAGUAUUGCUGAAUACAUCGAAUGUAAACGAUGAUAUUUCUAAAACUGAAUCUAGUCAAAUUAGGCAAUCGCAAAUUGCUUUCACGGAAUCUAAAAGUAGUCAUGACAGAAACGAGCAUAAUAAUGUAUAUGAUCAAAACAGAAAUAAGGAUGAAGGUUCAUGUGCUAAUAUAACUAGCAAACAGGAGAAUAUGAUGGAGAAUCUUCAGGAUAGAUUAACGACAAUGAGAGAUGAUUUUCUUGAAAGACAUGGUAGUGAACCUGCUGUGAGUUUAAUAUAUUCUGAUAAAAGUUCAACCAAUGCCACAAUAUCGCUUGAUGUUGGUGAUGAAAUGACUCGUGACAGUUGUCAUCCAGGACCUUCUGGAAGUAAUAAUGAUGGUACUGUUGAUGCAGGUCCUAGCAAUAAUUGCAACUAUCACUACAACGAUGUUAGAGAAAAAUUUGAAGAAGCUACAUGUAUUGACAGUGAUGAUGAAGAUGUCCAAUCAGAUGAAAGAUUAUUGAAUCCAAUUGAAGCAGAGAUGGAUGAAGCGAUUGCUAAUGUUCGUUCAUCGCAAGAACACGAAGCGUUUGAUGAUGCGUAUUUGACGGAACUUUGUGUGAAACAAAAGUACAUGGGUCAUAGAAACGCAAGGACUAUGAUUAAGGAAGCAAAUUUUUGGGGCGACAAUUUCGUCAUGUCGGGUAGUGACUGCGGUCACGUAUUUGUGUGGGAGAGGGAUACGGCGAGACUCUGUAUGCUAUUGGAAGCGGAUCAACAUGUAGUAAAUUGUCUACAACCACAUCCGUAUCUCCCAAUGUUAGCCACUUCUGGCAUUGAUUAUGAUGUGAAAUUGUGGGCGCCAAUCAAUGAUGAGUCGAAUUUUGACGAGAAGUUUGCAGAAGAUUUGAAAAAGAGAAAUGCCGUUAUGUUGGAAGAAACCAAAGACACAAUAACUGUACCUGCGGUUUUUAUGAUCAGAAUGUUGGCAUGCCUUAAUCAAAUACGCAGAGGUCGAAGCCGCAACAGAAGACGGAACAGCGAAGUACGAAGUAACUAAACCUUGAACGAUAUUAUCAAUGCGUGUGUGUGUGUGCGUGUGCUAACUUAUAAUAUAAAUAAAACUUGUACAUCAGUUGGGAAAUUGUGACUACGAUAAUUCUUAAUCGAUCGAAUCAACCAUUGAAUGUUUUAUUUUGAUUGGCUUGAAAAGACAUGACAUAUAUAUAAAAUCUAAUUUUUUAAUGUCGAAUUUCAAUAUCGAUAUAUCGAUAAGAUAUCUGAUGUCGCUUUGCAAACAUCGCCAGAUAUUUGUACAUAAUUUAUAAUAAUGCACUAAAUUAGGAUAAACUUUUUUGCUGGUACACUCUAUUUUUAAAUACCGAAUUCUACAUUAUUUUUUUGCUAUCUUAUGUGCAAUAUCUUACAUGGAAUUUAUAGUGAAUUCAUAUUGUUUAAUGUGUUGAAAAAAAGAAUUUGCUGUACAGAAUUUUACUGUACUUUUAUAUUUAACAUUAUGAUUAUUGCAAUACGCGUUAAUCCCAAUGAGAGUGUUACUUAUUAAACAAUUUAUAUUAUUAUCAUCUCGUAUAUUUUACAAAGUGGUUGUUUCUAAUAAAAUAAGAAACGGUGCAAAAUUAAUAUGCUAAUCAAAGAUUAAAAAAAAAAACUUUUGUUCGCAUAUGCUCAUUUUAUCAUGUAUUAUUAUGAUGUAAGAAAAAUAGUAAUUUAAACAGAAGAACAAUACGACCUUAUGUUGAUAUUCUUGAGAUAGAAAGGAAAAAAUAGAUUCUCGUGCAAUUAGAAACUAUUAAGAUUUUAAGUUUUUAUAUAAUAUCUCAUAUAUAUAGACGUUAUCAUUUAUUUUAAUUAUAAUUUUAUGAAUGUUUAUUAUAUAUCGGAAAUAAAAUAUUAUUUCGUAAAAUUUUGUAGAAUUAUAUUUCAUGCUCAAGAAAAAGAAUACAUAGUAUUGGAUUGUAGCUCAAUGCUCAAGAAGGAUGUUUCUUUUUUUUUUACUGCUGGCACAAAUAUUUUGUAAAUCGCAUGGUCAACUUUUCAUUAUGUAAAUUAUUUACAAUUUAUUGAUGAAAUUUAAAGAAUAAUAAGAAAUGAAAUCGGCAAUACAAUUUAAUUCUAUAUAUAUUAGAAAAGGACAAUGCGAUUAACAUUAAAAGAACAUUAAAAAAAAUCUCUAUUAUAAGGCUAGCUGUAACAGGUGCCUUUAUAUCAGGUCUUUAAGUUAAAGCAAUAAUAAUAAUAGUAAUUGUAUUUAUUUGAGGUUUGAGGCAGAUUUAUGAGAAAUAUUGAGAAUACUAGAGAGUGACGAUUGAUAACCGUUACGCCGCACACAUCUCAUAGUAGUAGUAUUAUCUUUCGCUUGUGCAAUUUUAAUAUAGUCAUAUUGGUAAAGCAGUUAUUAGACGAACAUUUUCUUACACACGUAAGAGUUAACGACAUAUCUUUACAAUUAUGUAUUAUCAAGAAGAGUUUGUUUAUAUAAUAAAAGUAUAAACGAA